AGUGCCUUCCGUUUUCUUCGACUCAAUCUGAGAGAAAAGUUUUAAGGGAGACUAAUUUAUUCUCCGCUUACCGCCUCAUCAAGCCUUACUGCCGACUUGCGUUUCAUUGAGUCUCUUAGUUUGAAGCAUAUUAGGUAAUUUUAAGAUAUUGUCCUCUAAACUCUCAUCUAUAAAUCCUUAUCUUUAAACUCUUAUCUUUUGUCUCACGAUUUCAGGUAUCGUAAUUGUUGUUCAAACCCAACCGCAACCGUUGGCACUAAUCGUAAUCAAAGCCCAGCGCAGCGUUGGCACUAUUAUAUCUAGUAAUCAAUUUCAAAGCCAAACCCAGAGUUGACAAAUGCAAGCAUAAGGAAUGAAACGUCAAUAUUAGGUGUAUCCGGCCUAACUUAAAUUGACAAACGUAGCUAGCAUCAAAGUUGCGUCUCUUCUUCUUGCCUGCCUAAACCACCUUGUGAAGGUAAUGGCGACACUAAAUGACGAUCCCGCUGCGGUGCUCGCCGCGGAUCCGCGGUCACUGCAGGCGACUGGCGUUACCAGCUUGGCAGACGACACGUCGCGCCUCUGCCUCGUCACUGAGCCCGACGACGAGGGCGAGAGAGACGUGCUGGGACUCAGACCCACAAGUCCAUGCAUAGAGACUCCGCUCCGUCUUUAUUCCAACUACAAGACGGUUAAAAAUAUCGGACGCUGCCUACAUCUCGACGACGCUUUGAAGAGCUGGCAGUUGAAAUGUCUUAUUCCGCAUCACCUCUUCAACAACAAGAGAGCUGAACUUUCCAACACAACCGUUCUGUGGACUGAACCAGUCAGAGACGCUCGUCGCCACAACAAAUUCGGCAACGUCACCUUCACCGUGGCCUGGUCCGACAUGUACAGGCAGUUUGGUCCCCACAUGUACUACCUCCGACAACGUACUUCUCACAACAUUACAACUGAAAUACUGAUCACUAAAAAACGUUUUAACACCUUGGAAUUAGUUGAUUUUAAUGCCAAGGACGCUCCUGUAAGAAGAGGAAAAUGUAAUUGUGCUUCAGAGAGCAAAAUAUGCAACUGUUUUUCGUUGAAAUACGCAACAAAAAUUCGAAGAGGUAAAUCAUGUAUCGCUCAUAAAAUACAAAUAGCCGUUGAUGCCACAUUGUGGGAGGGAUUUUGGGUCUAUGCCCUGAGCACCAUUGUACUGAAUGACCACCAGCAUAAUGAAUUUUGUUUCAGGCACAGAUACGUGACCAAGAAGCCUUGUAGGUUUUAUUGUGACAUAAGCAAAGUCCGAGGUAUUUUACGGUUACAAUGCAACCACGAACUUCAUGAGGAUUUCAGGCGCGAAUGGUAUGAAAGAUUUCUGCAGAAUUGGAUGCUUCAUUUUCACAGAUACAGUCAAUCUCCUUCAUAUUAUUUUAAAUAAACAUUCUACGGACAACUGUCUCAUCAAUAAUAUUUUCGAGAGAUUUUUGGUUCUCUUUCAAUUCCACGUCUCAUGAAAUGAAUUGCAUGAUUUUGAGCAGAGCAGAUUAAAGCAAGUGAUGGACAGAUUGGUGCAGAAUUGGAUACUUCUUCAUGAAAGUUACAAUGAAUUUCCCUCAAAUUACUGCGGACAAAUUUUUCACGGACAAUUAUUUUUUCUAAUUUCAGUGAGAGAUUACAGUAUUUGCUUUCUUCACAAUUCGCGUCUGUUGCAUGAUUAUAUAAUGGAAUUAAAUCAUGCAUAUAAUAA